GAGGAGGGUGCAUUCGGGCGGCAGGUGCGAUGCAGGAGAGAUCUUCACCACACAACUCAGAUCUGUUUGUUUUUGUGUGCGUUCAGGUUGAGAGGCUCGUUGGGAAGAUGAAGAUGGCUUCCCCCCCGAACGGGGAAGGGGAGGUUUGGAAGAUGGUGAUGUUGGAGGAAGAAUCGGUAUGCAGCUGUGUGCACGGGAACUCGCCAUGACUACACACACGUGACGCGAGUUCUGUCUGUCAGACUGUCUUCCCUCUCAGCCACGACCUCCUCAUUCGCGUGUUCGGCUCCCUGUGUCCUUUCGACCUCUCGCGGCUCCUUCCCGUCCUCCCGGCACCCCUUGUCAUCCGCGCCUUCACACACCACACCCACAUGACGAUCAACGGCUCGGCAGAGGCUGGGGAGAGGAGGCUCUGGGAGGAUCUGCAGCCGUCCGAGGCCUUCACAUGGGGGAGGCGAGCUGUCCAUCUCAGAGAGCUGCGCGUCGUGCUGCCGAAUGGAGCGCCCAGGUGGUGCAUGGCGGUGUGGAUGGCGGUGUUGGAAGGCCAUGCAGAAGGAAGGCGACAACUGGCUGGCCGCGAGUUGGCCAACCGAGUCAGGAGCGUCGAGGACAGAGGCACCUUGAGGGUACUUGCCUUCUCGCGAGAUGCUGAAGGGGAGCCUUACCCAUCCGGCAACACCGUGUCAGCCGACCCGCUUUCCCCUCCCCAAUCGCCCGUCGGUCUGCCGGCACUCGAGGAAGUGGUUGGGAUGCCUCUCAGCUGUGCGCUCCUUCGACACGACGGCCGCCAUUGGUCCACCCCUGGCCUGUCGGUGCUGCGGCUUGACAACCAUGACGAGGACACCACUUGCUUCGGCCACCAGGAGCAUGAUCCGUCGGAAUCCUCUUCCCUCGUUGAGAGAGCACUGCGCCCAUGGCUGAGUGAAUGCCACUCACUGGAGGCCGUCGACGAGGACUUUCCCACCCACGACAGCAACCUGGCCCUCAAGACGGAGAUCGUCAGCCUGCUGCCGAAGCGCCGCUCGCUCAGCCGUCUGCGAGAGUUGGGCAGCCUCCAGGCGUACAACUACAUGGUGCACCAGGUCGAUCAGCUCCGCGACGCCCUUGUUGCCAGGGGCUGCCACCGAUCUGUGCGGAGCGUGCCCAUCGAGCUCGGCUGCCAUCUCGCCUUGGACGACAUCCGCUAUGUGGAGCAUCUGGCGGGUCUGUCCAUGGCCGUCAUGACCCCAGAGGCGCUGUGGGGCCAGCCGCAGAUUAUCAGCGAGGGGGGCGAGAUCGAUGCCGCCGUCAUCAAGUCGGUGUCAUCACAGGAGCAGCAGGAGGAGGGCCAUCAGCUUAAGGACGGCAGGGCGGCACUCGUGGCCAAGUACGUGAGGGAGUACGCCUGUGCUGCUGUUGUCGUGCGCUUCUCCUUCUCCUCCGAUGCCGGUGGGGACGUCUUGUCGCGCGACAAGUGGCUGGGUGUCUUCCCCGUUGCCGAGUCGCUCAUCAUCUCUGCCGAUGAGGCCGACAACAACCACAGCGACAGUGACAGAGAAGACCUCCGGGUGCGGGAGGCCGUGUCGGUUGCGGCCAGCAUGCCGGCACUGACGCAUGUCACCUUCAAGGGCGGGGUGCGGCCCUCACUGGUGGUGCGGUUCCUGACGGCUCUCCAGUCGACUCACAAGGGCCAUCCACUGCGAGUGACAGUUCUCGUGACGGCAGAGAGCCUGGCUGAUGGUGGCCUGUGUGCGGUGGGGAGGAAGAUGCCGCUCAUCGACAGGCUGGACAUCGUGCUGCUAGGUCAGCAAGGAAGGGACACACACACAACCUGCGAAGAGCGGUGUACAAAUGUCCUCUGUCUGCUGUGUGUGUGGUGUGUCCAGGCAGUGUGCCGCCCUCAGUGUGUGUGGGAGACCUCUUCAACGCUCUCAGAUCGCUGCUGUUCUGGCUGCCGGCGAUCCGCUCGAGAGUGGUUCUGCGCGACGAGUCGCUGCUCGAGCAUGUCAGCGCCCAUUUGGCUGUCGCACAUACAUGUGGGAUGGGGCUGAGAGGGGGUGCCCUGGUCGUGCGGCGGGAUGGACAGUAGGAUCAGUGGCUAUAGAUUCGCGUUGCGUGUGUGGGCUUUAUUACGUGUUAAGUGUAUGUGUGGUGCCAUGAGUGCUUUGUUGCGGAACACACAAAACCAUUCAUGACAUGAGAUGUCUGUCGGCCGGCCGAUCUAUCUCGAGAGUCUGAUCUACCCACUGCAGACGAACGGCAUGAAGCCGGCACGCCACUCGUGAAUGCACUCAGCUAACC